AUGGCCUGUCACAGGCAUGACCCUUCUCGAGCCAGGAGCACCGUUUCUCAUCAGGAUCAGUGCCGUAACUCUUCCACCCUGCCAUCUGCUCGCCAGUCCUCACCGACCGACCCUAUCCCUUCCUGGCUGCAGCACGUGCAGGCAGGCGACGUGUACAAUGAUACAGAACGGGAAAUCCUCCGGCAAGCAAGCCCUGGCCCUGAAGAGACUGUCUGGCAUCCCAACGGCAUUCCGACUGUUCACAUCCAACCCAACUACGACGCCAGGAGGUACCAGGCAUCAGAUGUCUUUAUCCAAGAGACCCCAUCACCGCCAUCUUUGGCUGGCCAGACAAGUCGCCCUCUUGUUCACGAGCCUUGUCUGAACGACGACUAUGCCAAAGUUGUACACGAUGGAAAGGAGCACUCCCAUUCCAAAACCCACGUCUCGACGCCGUCGGGGGCCUCGCUAGCAGAGCAUGGCAUUUUCGAGAAGCAACCCAGACGAAAGACUCGGAAGGAUCGCUACAACACGGUCAAAUUAAACGGUGCCAGAACAGGGAAACAACAGGCAAAGAAGUCGGCUGCUCGCGUAUCAAAAAAUGGGAGGUUACGAUCGAGCCGAGAGAUAAUGGCCAACUUCACGUCCAGCGCAAUCACACAUCCAAACGAAAGAAUCACGCUGAAGCCCAGAUUCACACCCGGAUUAUUUGUCAAUGGGCGAAGUUCGGUGCCACUAACGGACCUUGUUUUCAACGACAUACCCUUGCCUGACCAAGGCCGCACUUCAACCGAUAAUGAACAAUGGGAAAAAACAAUAGCAAGGAAGUCAGAAGGAGAAGACGGCCCGCCUUUAGAAUCCCCCGAUACACGCGACCGCAGAGCCACUUCCACAACCUCUCCUACCUAUUUCCAGCCUAUCCGGAGACCGAUCACUACUGAUAACAUCAAUGAUGAAGCCGUUACUGGGAGGGCCAACAUUAUUGUAUGCCAUAGAGACGAUGGCAGUAGCGGUGCCAAGGACUGCGCUGGGGACAACAACAAACCCACACCAAAAGGAGACAGCUUUACGCUGCAUAUUCGUCCCAUUUACAGCCUUUCCCCAUCCACCGAUCCCAAUUUAUCCGAUCUAAAUAUGUUGAAUACGCCGUUUUCUUCGAGCGACAAUUCGAUACAGGAGGCUCAGGGGGAAUCCGCUGCAAGACAUCAGGCACAGAAUACCGAGGGAAAUGUCGACGAGCGCAACCUCGGUGACAGCAACCAGGUGAAGGCCACCAAGUACAGGGACAUGGGGGUUAUGGUAAGCCCCUGGAUGCACCAUCGGACUGAUAGGCACAAGUCGAGUGACAAGGGUGAUGGCGGCCAUCGACUGUGGGCGGACGAAGAUUGCUCCAACUCGAACACAGAAUCACGCCCACACAAUACUUUUGCACAAAUGCCACCUCACAAAGGAAACCACCAAGACCAGCUGUCCCAGCCAAACAACCCAGGAGUGUGCACCGCGAGUGUAGAGAGUCAGAUAUACGGGUAUCCAACUUAUCUACCACAUGUUUCUGAAAAACUAAACCUCAAAGCACAAGUCGGGGAUGUUUUCCGUCCUCACAGUGAUUCCUUUCCAGCCUGGGUUUAUGGUCCGCACGGUACCAAAUAUCCCUUCCGUCCAUUUACAAACAACGGUUUGUCGUCUAUCGGUGAUCUUGAAUCGUUGAAGACUAUCCAAACAGAGCCAGGAUAUGCCUGCGACAUCGACCUACCAGCGCAGCUGACCGGCUCUGGCCAUGCCUGUCAAUUAUCCAAGGAGACUUGUCAAGACACAAACACCCUAUGCUCGGAUACGCUGCAUGUGAUUGAUGAUAUACCCGGUGAAUCUCUCAUGGAAUAUAUCGAACGAAAGGAGCGUGAAAUACUAAGUUCUGACGAGCCCCCCACCUCGUAUAUGGAGAAUUCUUUGCUCUCAGCUGAAGAUGUGUGCCAGAGUCAAAAUUCAGGAGUGUCCUAUACGGACGUCCUCAAUGAGACAAGACGCUCAUCUCCAAGAAAACCAGUGCAACAACCAAUCCAUCAAGAACAUUGCUCGCCUUUUCACCAAUACCAACGGCUUCCAAGUCUAGGAGAAAUCCUCAAUCGUCAAAUAGAGUCAGAGCUCACAUCAUUCUGGCAGCCAAACCAUAUGAUGUGGUGUUAA